ACGGACGGAAGCAGCCAAGCGGAUGGCUUCAAUGGUAGGACUCCAACAUUUCCACUCAACAUGUUGCUGUGAGGAUGAAUGAGGUCACACUCGGGACACACUAGCGUACAACACCAGACGCAACGCAAACGAGUAUUUAAUUUUCCCUGUACAACGAAUUUUGAGCAUUUCACCGAACACGUCGACCCGUCAUGGACGAAGGUGGCUUCGCGUUGCCCGAAUUGAAGGACCUGGAGACCAAGUUGGGUCGCAAAGUUCCCGAAAGUCUCGUUCGCUCGCUCGUGGGGGGCAGACACGACAAGGUGACACCCCCGGCGGCGCGUCCCGGACACAAUUCCGCGGACUUUGACCGGCUGGAGGGCAAAAUUUUCUACCUCAAACAAGAAAUGGCCAACCUACGCGCCAUCGACGUGAAACUGAUGCAGCAGCUGAUAUCCAUCAACGAAGGUAUCGAGUCCAUCCGCUGGUUGAUCGACGACAAAGGCGACGACACGGUCAGCCAAGAUGGCAGCCUGUCCAGCAGCCUGUACAGCUUGUCCGAUAGCCAGGACGGCGGCUCGUUGCCGGGCAGCCUCAGCAGCCUGAACGACGCCAACAGCGACGAGCUGGACGCGCUGUCGGUGGGCAGCUACCUGGACACGCUUGCCGAGGACCUCUCGGAUGACCCUUCGCCCAGCGACCUGGACUGCUUGGUGGAUAAAUCCGUAAUCAACGGGGACGCCUUCUGCAAAUCCCCAGUGAAACUGAGGGCGGAAUCGGAUGAAUACUACUGCUUUGGAUAAUGAUCAUUCUCGUAGACAUAUUUACCAUUUUAUGUGUGGUCUCAAAUUAACUUUGCUGACUCACCCCGUGUGACUUUUUUACUUUGAAACUUGCCGCACCUCACCAAACCACUCUCCGUCACGCCCUUAUUGUCUUUGUUCUUUUUACAGCUGCGUCUUUCGGUUCUGUCAGGUGCAAAUGUCAUAUUUAUUUACCACCAUUUUAUUUAUUUAGUACCUCAGAUUGGUGCUGUUGUUACUGGUUUAGUACUGUUACAGCUGGGGAACAUACCUGCUUUUAGACAGAAACGGUACCUUGGAAUUUUUGGGGGUAACUUGAA